ACCUCACGGAAACGCAUGAAGAUGGCGAAUGAAGUUUCCUCCUUUGCCAAGGACUUCCUGGCCGGCGGCCUCGCCGCUGCCAUCACCGAGACAGCCGUAGCCCCCAUUGAGAGAGUGAAACUUCUCCUCCAGAUACAACAUGCCAGCAAACAGAUCACAGCCGACAAGCAGUACAAAGGCAUCGUGGACUGCAUUGUACGCAUCCCCAAAGAGCAGGGCUUCCUUUCCUACUGGAGAGGCAACUUGGCCAAUGUCAUCAGAUACUUUCCCACGCAAGCCCUCAACUUUGCUUUCAAGGACAAGUACAAGAAGAUUUUCCUGGACGGCGUAGACAAGCGCACGCAGUUCUGGAGAUACUUUGCAGGUAACCUGGCGUCCGGCGGCGCAGCAGGGGCUACGUCGCUCUGUUUUGUCUACCCACUCGACUUUGCCAGGACACGUCUUGCCGCCGACGUGGGCAAAGCAGGGCAGGAACGUGAGUUCAAGGGCCUGGGUGACUGCUUGAUGAAGAUCUUCAAGUCUGAUGGCCUCAAAGGUCUGUACCAGGGCUUCAACGUCUCAGUGCAGGGCAUUAUCAUCUACAGAGCAGCUUACUUUGGCGUCUACGACACAGCAAAGGGCAUGCUCCCAGAUCCUGAGAACACACACGUUGUUGUGAGCUUCAUGAUCGCUCAGACCACAGCCAUCGCUGCUUUUGUGUCCUACCCCUUCGAUACCGUCCGUCGUCGUAUGAUGAUGCAGUCUGGACGCAAAGGAGCUGAUAUUAUGUACACCGGCACCCUGGACUGCUGGAGGAAGAUCGCACGUGAUGAAGGCAGCAAGGCCUUCUUCAAAGGAGCCUGGUCCAAUAUGAUCAGAGGCUUUUGCAGUGCCAUCGUGCUCGUCUUGUAUGAUGAGAUUAAGAAAGUCAUCUGAGUUCAUUUCGGUCUCUUCAAUGUUCAUGGGCAACAUGGAAGGACUUAAAUAUCUGAGCUAGAUAUGUUUGUAGGGGACCAAUUCAUAAUUUUUGAAUUUGCAGUUGUACUUGUUCCUUUAGAUUUUAGUGCUGCAUUUGAUGCAGUCAAUUAUAAUAUUGUGUUAGAAAGGGUCGAACCUGCUGCAGGGAUCAAAUGAACAGCAAUAGGCUGGAUUAAGUCUAAUUGGUGUGACACAAUUUGUCCAUAUCUGUUUGCUUGUCUGUCUGCCAACAAUCCAACCAACCGAAAGAAACGAACGAACGAACGACCGACCGGCCACCCAGCCAUCUAGCCAACAAUCCAACCGAUCGAACAAACGAACGAACGACCGACCGGCCACCCAGCCAUCUAGCUAACAAUCCAACCAACCAAACAAAAAAACAAACAACCAUCCAACCAACCAACCACCUAACAACUUUGUUUUCUUCUUCUAUUGAUGAUAUAUUUGAGCUUUUACUGUGACAAACUGCAUGUUCUUUCUUUCAUUCGAUAUAUUUGAAAACUGGCUCAGAGCUCAUCUGUUCAUCUGAGUUUCUCUCCUAGAUGAAGCUGCUAAAGGAGCUACUGCUGCCAUUGACCUUUGUAAUUUUCUUUAACAUGGAAUCUAAACCUGGAUUUGUCUUCUCAAGCCCCAGUCGGUCCUUGAUGUUCACACUGAGCCAGGUUCUGGUUCUGCUGGCGGUUUCUUCCUGUUAAAGAAGAGUUUUUCCUUUCUACUAUCACUAAAUGCAGGCUCAGUAUGAAGGUUUGGGGCAAAGUCAACGACACAAUGCAAUCGACUCUCCACUGUAGCUACAUCAUCCAGGAGCUAAGAAACUUGAUGAUUUCACUUAGAUAGAAAAACUUUUCCAUCAAUUUGAAUAAUGAACUGAACUUGACAGAUUUUUUUUGGAUAACUACGAACAACUUGAGUACUUCAAAUUUCUCUGUAUGUUUCAUUUUGUAAAGUGCCUUGACAUUGUAUGUGUUGUGAACUGGUGCUAUAUAAAAUAAACUGAACUGUUAUGUA